ACGAGGCGGAGGGGCGCCGCCUCGCGCCGCUCUCGCUGCCGCCCCCGCCCCUCCCCGCCCCUCCCCGCCCCGCCGUUGCAUUGUGGGACAGCGGCGGCGCGGCUCGGCAGCGCCCCCCCCCUCCCGCCCCCCUCCCCCCCUCCCCAGCUCCUUCUCCAUCCUCAGGUCCAAGAUGGCGGCGGCGGCGGCUCCUCCGGCUCCAUCUCCGCCUCCCCCUCCUCCGGCAGGCCCCUGCUGCCCGGGCUCGUGGCCCAACUUCGCCGUCGUCUGCUCUUUCCUCGAGCGCUACGGGGCUUUGCUGGACCUGCCCGAGCUGCCCUUCCCCGAGCUGGAGCGCGUCCUGCAGCCGCCGCAGGAGCCUGGAGACCAGGUUCCAAAAGAAUUGGUGGAGCUUCACUUGAAACUGAUGAGAAAGAUUGGGAAGUCUGUCACAGCAGACAGAUGGGAAAAAUAUUUGAUCAAGAUAUGCCAAGAAUUCAACAGCACUUGGGCUUGGGAGAUGGAAAAAAAAGGAUACCUAGAAAUGAGUGUUGAGUGCAAACUGGGGAUUCUGAAGUAUCUCUGUGAAUGUCAGUUUGAUGACAAUCUAAAGUUCAAGAAUAUCAUUAACGAGGAGGAUGCCGACGCCAUGCGGCUUCAGCCCAUUGGUCGAGACAAAGACGGGCUGAUGUAUUGGUAUCAGCUGGAUCAAGAGCAUAAUGUCAGGAUGUACAUCGAGGAACAGGAUGACCAGGAUGGCUCCACGUGGAAGUGCAUUGUUAGAAACCGCAAUGAGCUCGCCGAGACCCUUGAGCUCCUGAAAGCACAAAUUGAUCCUGCCCUGCUGAAAACCAACAAUCCCCAGCAGGAGAAUUCAUCACGUGAAAGCCCAAGCACAGAAGAUGAAGACACCAAAAAGGGGGAAGAAGCACCUGCACAAGAAAAUCAAUUAAAAAUCAAGGAAGAAAAAGAGGAGGUGGAGGAGCAGUCAAUGGAAUUGGAAAACCUUCCUCUUCCUGUGGUCAAAGACGACGAAAAUGCACUGAAAAGUGAGAAAGGGGAAGAGAAAGAAAUUAUAAAGUUGCCAGUCAUAGUAAAAUUAGAGAAACCAUCAGAAUACAGUGAAGAAAAGCAAACUGUCAAAGAAGAAAGUGAUUCCUUUAAAGAAAACGUCAAGCCCGUUAAAGUAGAGGUGAAGGAAAACAAAACAGAACCGAAAGACUUAAAAGAAGUAAAAAGCUGUGCAGACAAAAUAGCAGUUCAUGAGCAGGAAAGGUUAGAGUUUUGUGUUAAUGUCAAAACUCCCCAAGAAAUGGUGGAGAAAUCUGUGGAAGAAAGUGAGAAACUGAAAAAUGACCAGCAGGCAAAAAUACCUCUCAAAAAGCGGGAGAUUAAGCUGACGGAUGACUAUGACAGUCCCAUCAAGGGGCCUCUCUGUAAGUGUGUUACUCCAACAAAAGAGGUCUUGAAGGAAGAAGGGAAAGCAGAAGAAGAAGCCUUUAAGAGAGUCCCUACAAUUACUGCUUUGUGUCCUGAAGGGAAAGUGCUAGUAAAUGGAGAGGUUAGCUGUGAAAAGAUGACAAGUGUCAUACAAAAUAAUAAGUCAGAACACUGUGGUGGCACAAAGGAAGACAGCAGCUCAUUGAGAGAGAAUGGAAAAGGUGGGGAGAAGGUGUCGGACUCUCUAAAUGCUGUUAGUAAAGUUAUAAAACCCUGUGAGGUUGAGAAGAAUGCAGGAACUGUGCUGAAGGAGAUUGGUUCUGUGGUCUCUGAGGUUUCUAAUCAGAAAGUGCCUUUAAAGGAGGAAUCUAGUCCUGUGGAAAAAGAGUCCAUUGACAGCACUACUACUGAAACGGUAGUGGAGGAGUCUUCAAAUGCUGAAGACUGUGCCAAAACAACUGAAGAGACACUGGCCCUGAAAAUGAAAAAGGACAGGCUAACGCCACCCAAAGAAUGUUUAGAGAAGUCCCCAAAUGCUUCUGCUCUUGCAGAACAACCCAAGCUUGCACUGUCUGAUGAAGAGACUUUAAAAAGUACAGGUGAGUCUGAGGAGAAACCUGAUUCUCCAAAAGCUGCUGAGAUACCUCCUGCAUCUACUUCUCCUGUUACUCUAGAGACACCAGUUGUGGAAAAGGAGGACACUGAUAGUAAAACAGCUCAACCUGAGGAGAGCAAAGCAGAGGAACAAUCCAGCCCUGAAAAACAAGAGGAAGUGCCAGAAGCUGCCAAAACAGAGCCAGAUAGGUUAGAUGAUGCCCAUGCUUCUAAUCUGGAGGACUCAUCCGAGAGUAAGAAAGAAUCUCCAGUACCCAAAAGCAAAUUUAAAUAUAAGCUAGUUUCUGAAGAAGGCUGUGCAACAGAUAAUAAAGAAAUAACUUCUGAAAGACAGAAAGAAGGGAUUAAAUUGACAAUCAGGAUCUCCAGUCGGAAGAGAAAGGCAGAACCACCGCCAGAAGAGGUCAGCGCUGGCCGCACGUUAAGGCGAUCGCCAAGAAUAUCCAAGCCCACUCCCAAGGUUGUGGAGACUCGGGAUCAGAAACCUGACAAAAAACGACCUGAGGAGGAAGAGGAGAAACCUGCAGCAGCACAAAAACCAGAACGAAAAGAGGAUGCAAAGAAACAAGAAAAGGAGUCAAAGUCUAAAGUGAAUAAGAGAAGCAAAGUUCGGUGGACGGGUACGCGAACACGUGGCAGGUGGAAAUACUCAAGUAAUGAAGAAAGUGAGGACUCAGAGAGUGAAAAAAACUCUGAGGAGGAGGAGGAGGAAGAAGAGGAGGAGGAAGAAGAAGCUGCACCUGCUGAUGAUGAUGAGCCUUGCAAAAAGUGUGGCCUUCCCAAUCACCCUGAGCUGAUUUUGUUGUGUGACUCUUGUGACAGUGGGUACCACACAGCCUGCCUUCGCCCUCCUUUGAUGAUAAUCCCAGAUGGAGAGUGGUUCUGCCCACCUUGCCAACAUAAAUUGCUCUGUGAGAAAUUAGAAGAACAAUUACAAGACCUGGAUGUUGUCUUAAAGAAGAAGGAGCGUGCAGAACGCAGAAAAGAGCGCCUGGUGUACGUGGGUAUCAGCAUUGAGAACAUCAUUCCACCUCAGGAGCCAGAAAUACCUGAAGGACAGGAAGAAAAGAAGAAAGAUUCCAAAAAGCCAAAGUCAAAGCUGCUUGAAAGGAGAUCUACCAGAACCCGAAAGUGCAUAAGCUACAGGUUUGAUGAAUUUGAUGAGGCAAUUGAUGAGGCGAUUGAAGACGACAUCAAGGAGGCUGAUGGAGGAGGCAUUGGCCGAGGCAAAGACAUGUCUAAUAUCACAGGUCACCGUGGAAAAGACAUUUCCACAAUCCUAGAAGAAGAAAGGAAAGAGAACAAACGACCACAGAGGGCUGCUGCAGCACGGCGCAAGAAACGACGGCGACUGAACGACUUGGAUAGUGACAGUAACCUGGAUGAAGAAGAGAGUGAGGAUGAAUUCAAGAUCAGUGAUGGAUCUCAGGAUGAGUUUGUUAUAUCAGAGGAGAACCUGGAUGAAAGUGAAGACGACCCACCAUCUAACGAAGACAGCGAUUCCGAGUUCUGUGCCCGCAUUUCCAGGCGCCACCUCGCCAGGCCCAUGAGGCAAAGCAGAAGGUUACGGAGGAAAACAGUCAAGAAAAAAUACUCUGAAGAUGACGAAGAUGAAGACUCUGAGGACAAUUCAAGCAGAGAAUCUGAGAGUGGUGACUACACAGAUUACAGUGAUGAUGACUACCUGGAAACUAGGAGAAGAAGAUCAAGACGGAAUCAGAAGAGACCAGUUAAUUAUAAGGAAGAUUCAGAAAGCGAUGGCUCCCAGAAAAGUGUCCGAUACGGGAAGGAGCUAAGAAGAGUUCACAAACGCAGGCUCUCCACUUCAGAUAGUGAAGAGAGCUACACAUCUAAGAACUCUGAAGACGACGAAUCCACAAAGGAGUCCAAGCGACUGAUUCGAAAACGUCGGCGAAGUACAGACGACUACUCUGAGGAAGAAGGGGAGGAGGAGGAGGAAGGGAGGCCUGUGCGCAAGCGGCUCAACCGAAUCGAGACGGACGACGAAGACAACUGCGAGAACGCGACCGAGGACGUAGAGACCCCCACUCCUGCAAAUAAGCUGCCAGCACCACAAGCCCCUCAAGACAACACCAAGAAGCACUGCUACCGGAUAGAAAGCGACGAGGAGGAUGACUUCGACAACGUAGGGAAAGUAGAGAGCCCUUUGGACUACAGCCUGGUGGAUUUGCCUUCCACCAACGGACAGAGCCCGGGUAAAACCAUUGAGAACUUGAUUGGGAAGCCCAGUGAGAAGAGCCAGGCGCCCAAGGACAGCACGGCCGGCGCCAGCCUGGCGCCCAACGGCACGGGCAGCGGGCAGGAAGCCGUGGGGCCGGAGGAAGAUGAAGAUGAACUUUUGAGAGUGACUGACCUUGUCGAUUACGUCUGUAACAGUGAACAGUUAUAAGACUUCCAUUUUUGUGCUAAUUUAUUCCACGGUAGCUCAUACCAGCGGGCCAGUUAUUAAAAGCUGUUUUAUUUUUCCUAGAAAAUUCUCCACUACAGUACCACUUUUUAGAAGCAAGAAUUUCACCAGUCCUGCAGUCUUUCUGUGAAGUGACCAGUUUUGAACUUUGAAGAUGAAUAGCUGUAAAUUCCCUCUCUUAACCCCCCUCUCCCUUCUCCUCCCGAGUCCAUGGUCCUGGGUAAUUUCACUCACAAAAACCUUAUAACAACAAGAGAUUUGUAUAUUUUUGACUUUAUAUUUCCUGAGUGCAUACAAAUUUGUGGCAACGGGGUGGCCUAAGAAAGCAUUCCAAAUCAGUCAGGGCCCAAACCGGAACUGGGGUGGGUUUGGCUCAAGGGGUUGGGGGGGGAGGGGAUGCAGAAGCACUUGUGCUUUAGCUUUUUCAUAUGAGAUAUAUAUUAUAUUUAAAUGUUCACAACUUAGAUUACAAUUUAACAGACAGUUAAAAGCAAAACUUAAUGUCUGUACUGUCGCAUUUUGUGAGUUGUAGGUUAACAUACCAUAGCUCAUUUUAGUAAUCACCUUCAUGGAGUUGCAGUUUGAUUUUAAUACUGGAGAGGCAAACAGAAUUCUUAAAGGCCAAGAAGGUACCAUAAACAAGAACUCUACUAUCCAUUAUGACUUGCAGACUUUCCUAAUAAACAUCCUUUAAAGUGUUUGUACAGUAAAGUGUACUGUAAUGAAGUUCUUGACAGUCGAAACACGUAGCCACGAGUUUCCAAAGCGAUCUCACGCGUAGUUCAGCAGGCGGCUUGGAUGCAGCGUGUGGCGUGGGAGGACGGACCCCUGUGAACCAGGCUGUAAGGUGGAGGGCAUCUUGACAUGCUGCAAACGUGUACAGACAAAUGAACUCCUUCGUUAGCUGCCCGGCCACUCGAGUUUCACCAUCUGCUGCAGUAUUCUGAGUGAAGUUGUGUUUGUGCAAAGGGAAUUGACCACAGGAUGGCAGUGCAUCAGAGGAUGGAGGGAGUGUCAAAUAAACCGUGACUGAUCCAUUCAUGUCCUUAAAAUCUACUUCAAAUUGAAGUAAACAAAUGGAACAGGUUUGGGCUUUUUUUUUCCCUUUUGGAGGUUUUCUGUUUCAGAGUUUCUGUGUGUGUGUGUGUGUUUUGUUUUGAUUUUACUUCUCUGCCUGGAUGUAUCAGCAGGUUUUGAAUGUAGUGUUGGCCUUUGGCCAUUAGAAUUUUCUUAAAAUACAUUUUAAUAAUUGUCAUGUGACCCAACUGGUUUCAAGAAGCAGCAUUCCUGAGAGAAAACGCCAAGAUCAACUGAUCAACUCUAGAGUGGGCAUGAGGUGAUAAUGUGCUUUCAUUCAAGAACAAAAAGGCAACAAAGGAAGAACCCAUGAUGGGGCACUUAAAGAGCAGAGCUGAGAUUUGUUUUGGGUAGCAUUCUGUUUUCACUCUGAAUUAAGAUGCAAGCUCUAGCAUUUGUACAUGUUGUAGGACACAGCUCAAAACCUCUGCCAAAGGCUGAAACCCAAAAAGGUCACAUCUUAUUAAUCCUUUUGCUCUGAGAUUGGGAUUUUUGACUGGUGUUUAUGUCCAUUGCCGGCAAUGGAUGCACCAAAACUGCUGCUGCCACCAAGGAGUGAGUUCUCCUUUCCUGCCCAAUCUGAUUCCCUUCCAUUAGACUGUCAGCCAUUAAGCACUUCUGUUUCUUUGUAAUAAAACUGGCAUUAGGCCUUUACUAAAUACCUCUCUAGAAAACCUAGAUUCAAAAGUUAACCUUCCUUCUGGCCUAGAAAGUCUUGGUUUUGUUUCCUCACCUUCUCAAUCAGAACCAACCCCUGACUCUUCCUCCUGGGGGUUCUAGCAGUGCACAUAUCCUGUCACAAAGCUAGAACUAGUAGAGGUGCAAAAAGAUGGAACUUAUCAUCUUCUGUGCUAAGCAAGCUUGUGAUUUAAAAAGAGAGAAAGCAGCCUCUCUAUAUAAUUCUGUUAAAGAAUAAAUAUUUGUCUGCCUUACUGAUGUUUACCUGCUUAUGGAAACUAUGAAUAGUUAUUAAAACAGGGUAGUGAAAAGCCACAGAA